CUACAUAGCUUGCUACACUAUAUCUUACUAUAUUAGCCUCGUAUUAAUCUAUAUACUAUGGCUAUUGCCUCUUCAAUCCAGCAAUUUUGGAGUCUAGUACACUAUUUGGAGGUUUAAGGUAUGAUGGAACUCUAUCGUUAUCAAAUAAAACGGUGUCGCAAUCCGAUAGCCCGCUUACACUAGGUACCGAAACUUCCGAAGACUCUAUCCACUUUUAUCUCUAGCCUAGGCUGACUUCGCAUUAUACCUCUAUGUACAUAUCUAAUCAAUACAGUACAUCGCUCUCAAGUUGUUCUUUUCUACUGUAUGUCGUAGUCUGGAGGGGGAUCUACAACUACACUACAACAACUACACUACAACUACGACUACAACUACAAUACCACGCCAAUACCGACGUCGACCCGACUCACGUAUCGCUAAUAUAUCAUGGCCAGCCUAACAUAGCUUCUAUUGCUUUCUCUGCACAAUCCGUCUAAACUGUGCUUUGUUAGGCGCUCCAUCAUCGCAUCAUCGCAUCAUGUCUUCGCGAGAUCAGUCCCUCAGCUCUAAUAACCCCUUUCGUCGGAAGUUAGGCUAUCCUUCUCUCUCAACCGACGGCCUCGCCCCGGCGCCCGCCUCGAGUUUCAAUAAACCCUCCGAUCCUAUCCCACGAACACCAUUUACGACUUUCAAGUCAGCCCCGCCUGAAUAUGCUCAGCACAACGAGCACAACGAGCACAAGGCGCACGAGGGGAGAGAGGAAGAGGCGGCGCCGGUACAACCGAAGCCGAAAAAGGUCAUCAAAAGAGUUCGAGUCCAAUCACCACCCCCAUCGUCACCCGAGGAUUCCGUACCCGUCAGCCGUUUUCCUUCCGUAAGCGAUGACGAUGACGACGGAUACGAUAGUGACAAUAGCGACCUACCAGAGUAUAUUGACCACAUUGAUCCAACCGGCGCGGACUCCUUUGCUAUACGAGAUCGGGAUAGCUCUGAGUUUGGCCGAUCAGAACCUCCAGCGAAUCCCUUCACAAAGACGCUACAGGAUUUGGAACAGUCCGGGCAAGAGCAAAGUACUAAGGCACUGACAAAAGGAGGCCUUGAUGUUGACUCGUUCAAGAGACUUUUAUUGACAGGACACGCAAAUAUCCCAAGCCGCCCAUCCGCGUCAGCACCCGAAUUAGGAGGGUAUCCGAGCGUUCAAUCCUCCUUAUAUGGCGGCGAGACUAGCACGGACGCACGUUUUAGAGCAAGCCAGUCUAUAUUUGAUACUGCGUCAAAAGAAAACUCUCGAAUUUCACAAAAGAAUCCCCGAUCGGAAGAUCCAGGGGAGCGAAGAGGCGCCCUGUCCCCGUCUCCCCUUUCCUCGGCCCCUCCCUCCUCAACGAAGAAAAAGCCACCUCCCCCUAGCUCACGACAUGGAAAACUCAUAAAGAUCGAGUUGGGAGCAGGUAUAGAAUCCCCUACCACCGGAAAUUCAACACCUCCUGUAUCUAUAAAUGUCACCACCCUACCUUCUACCGGACCGUCACGUAGACCCAAUUCCCAGGCGGGCACCCCGUCACAAUCUCCGCUUUUAUCAACUGAUGUGAACAAACCACUCCCGCUAACACCAUUCCGCCCCUCUGUGGAAGAGGCAGUUGAUUCCCCAUUCGAUCGCGAGGCUAUAGGAAAGGUUCCCGAACCCUUCACUGAUCCGCAGGCGAAUCCCGAACCGCCAAUAUCAUCCCCAGCUGCUCAAACUUACUCUGAGUCGAACGGCAUCACGCAAUCCCGCAAACCCGCAGCCCCUCCGCCACGCCGACACGGAAGAAGCGAUAGUAGAGCGCCUUCUAUUAAUACUACGAAUGUAGAUGAAGAUACCCCACCAAGAUCAUCACUAGAGUCGAACCGGUCGCGAGCUGAUAGUUUACGCGCGAAUACUAACCUGGGUAAUAAUCCAAACGUACCCGCUCCACCACCUCCUCGCCGGCCGAAUCAUGCCAGACAGGGAAGUUCGUUUACGAGCCCAACCCAAGGGAAUUUUACUCCGGCCUCUACUAUAGGGCCAGUCGAAGACAACCGGAGCCCAAUAGGAACGGGUCUUGGACCCGUGAGUAAAAUUGGGCAGACAGAAGCUCUGAGUAGUCCAGCGACUAUAGCCACAAACAAGGAAGGCCUGCCCAAACUAUCCCCGCCGCCCCCGCCACCUACUAGACAAGCCAGCACGAGACGCCCACCAAGUGUCAGGAGUAUAGAUCUUAGCAGCGGGCCUGGUAUAAUAAGGCGAGUUAGUAGGGAGAAAGAUGGAACAGUGCCACCCCCUCCACCACCUCCCCCGAGACAGCGUGGUAGUAGCCGUGCGAGCGUGGAAAAUUCAGCUGUGCUUGCAGAGAACGCGGAGAAUACGAGCAGUGACACCCAGAAGGAGGCCACAAUCCCCACUCAAACUACUGCUGAGGCUGCGAUAGAUACCAAGCAAGGGGCGGAGAUAUUGGCGGACCUCGACGCAUUGCAGAGGGAGGUCGAUGCUCUAAUGGGAAGAUACGGAAAUGUCGGCGGGAGCUAAGGAGUACUUACCUUCUAGCAUUUCCGAAAUAAAAUUUAAAACUAGGAGGUUCCCGUAGUGCGAACUAACAGGCACUCAUGGGAGUGUACGAGGACCUUUCAAAAGAGAGAAGAUCGGAAGGUUAGCAUGGCCUAGACCGGUUCUUCCGCGACUGGAUAUGAGAUAUGAACUAUGCGUCACAAAUUAUGAACGUUAUAUAAGGAUCCUUGUACAGCAGGUAAUUGUUAAUGCUGGGGCCGACGGAUGUCCGGACACACUGGCCCUCGGCCGGAGAUUAUAGUGCAGCGCAGUUAUUCCAGACCGAGAGAGAGAGAGAAUGAAGCGUAAAGUUUGAUACCUUCC